UCAUGUUAAACAAACAUUAUGCAUCUGUACUUGUACUAAUUUUUAGUAUUAUGUUUACGUUAAAACCGUUGGAAUUUGGUUUUUUUUGAUCAUUAAACUCGUUUGAAUUUCGGUGACGGUUGCUUUAUUGUGUCCAUGAUUGGUGUGUUGAACGUUCGGUGAAGGUAAUUAAAAAAAGGGUUUGGUAUGCCCAAAAAUAGCACAGUGGUCUGGAAAUCAUGGAGUUAAGGUCGAGAUCCAGGUCUAAGACGCCGUUUCAGACGCAAACUUUUAUAAAUGACGAGGCCUUUGAAGGGCACAACCAUGUGACGAGAUCGACGAGACGUUCGGUCAGAACAACGGUGACUACUGGUGGCAGCGAGUAUUAUGAAAGUGUGACCAAACCAGUGAAGAGCAAAAGUACAACAAAAUCGACGCGUUCGAUAUUUAAGACUUCUGAUUAUUCGUCAGAGGAAGGUGAAACAGAUUCGCAUUCCCACUUUUCUGAAAAUGAGAAAAAUCAGAUCAUUGAAGAUGCAAGAAAGGCAGCUAAUGGCACUGCUGAGAUCUCAGCCCUGAGCUUGUACAGGAAAGCGGGGAGAUAUUGGGACAAAUAUCCUAAGACCGAUUAUACGUAUUCGCCACAUUCGCGGGAUCGAGUCGAGCUGGCCCCUGGUGUGGUCCAAAUGCCCAACAUGUCCCGAAGGACCAUCCACUCAGACUCCAGCACCAACACUGAAUCCUACUAUACAACGUCUCAAUCCAUCAAGCAAAGACUGCUCUCAUCGUCAAACAACAAUGAAGAAAUCGAUGAAAGUUACACAAUUAGUCGAACCUCGACCACACGAAGACGCACAUUUACAUCGAUCAUCACUUCGGUCUUCACGACCAUCUACAUGUCGGUGUUUUGGUGCUUCCUGUCAGUGUAUGAGACGUCCAGUUCGACGAUGAUUUUCUUCGGUAAGAAGUUGCACCACUUGGCGAGUCUGAUUAUGCUGGCUGAUACGUGGCUGCUGAGGAAAUCCUCAGCGCCGAGGAAGACGGGGGCUGUGGUGGCGUUGUGUCUUCUCCCCCUUUUGGUUUUUGCAGCUUGGUUUUUACUGUCGUCACUGGGCAGUGCCAUCUAUUGGUCUUUUACCAACAGUACUUCCAUCCCUGUAGAACAACAAGUAGCAGAAAAAAUAAUAAGUGCACCGCCUGUCCCAUCACCCACUCAAAUAAACACAGACGAAAUUAUCGAAAAAAUCCUCCAAAACCCAAAAAUCCACAACAUUAUUAUUAAUAACCACAAGGGGCAAGAAUCUGACGAGAAAUUCCAACACAUAAUUGAGGAACUCCGGCUCGAAAUUGAUCGAAUUAAAAGUGAGCAACAGAAUCAAAAUGCCGAUUUGGGCCGAAUUAUUGCACAAAUCCGAACCGAAAACGUCCGAAAUUUGGCCCGUUUGACCCAAAAGCUGAAUAGGUGUUGCAGUCGCCAAAUCAUCGAUUUGGAACCUUACAUAACGCGCGUUUUUACAAACUUGCUCAACGACCCUCACUUUUUAUCAAACCAGAACGGUUUAACCGACUGGUUACAUACACUGUUCGUUGCGAAAACCGAUCUCGAAAACCGUCUACUGAACCUAACAACCAACUUUGACGUUUCGGAUGCAGCCAAUCAAGUUAUGGAAAAAGUGGUUGGGAAGUUAUCCAAGUUGGACCCCAGCUCGCUUGAUGAAACGCAAAUCAGGAAAAUCGUCCAAUCAGCGUUGCGCAUUUACGACGCUGAUAAAACCGGAUUGGUCGAUUACGCGAUGGAGCGUUUGGGUGGGGAGAUCGUGACUACUAGAUGUACCGAGAGUUAUUUUGCGGGUACUGCGGUUAUUUCGGUUCUGGGGAUUCCCAUCUGGUAUCCGUCGAUUUCCCCGCGGACUGUUAUCACUCCGGGGAUAAAUCCGGGCGAGUGUUGGGCGUUCCAGAAUUUUCCGGGUUUGUUGGUCAUUAAGUUGGCGUCGAGGGUGAGAAUCGAGGCGUUUUCGUUGGAGCAUGUUAGUCGGUUGCUGGUGCCUGAGGGUAAAAUUGAUUCGGCGCCGAAGGAGUUUGAGGUUUUUGGGUUGAAUGGGGAGAAUGAUAAAGAUCCGGUUUGGUUAGGGGAGUUUGUUUAUGACUAUGACGGUGAUCCGUUGCAGUUUUUCGCGGUUAGGGAACCAAAGGUGUGUUCUAUGAUCGAGAUCAGGAUUAAAUCGAAUCAUGGCAAUCCGAAUUAUACUUGUUUGUACCGGUUUAGGGUUCACGGGAAGGUUAGUAAUGAACCGGCGUAGGUUUUAACCGUUUUUGUUUUGUUAGGUCAUGUGUUCAUUAUUAAUUUAUUUGUACUGUUGUAAAUACCUCGUCUAUUUUCGUUUCUUGCCGUCUUUUUAGUACUUAUGUGUGUUUUAUAUCUCAUUCUUUUUAGCGUUUUUCAUUGGUAUUUUACUUGUUUUUUAUGUAUUAAUAAUGAAAGUCUGUGAUUCGGUCUAAACUAUAGUUAAGUACAAAAAUAAUGUUGUAAAGUAGGUACUACCGGAAAUAAUAAGGCCUUAUGCAAUUUUGCAAACCUAAUCUUAGUCACGUGUUUCAGUCACUAGUUUUAGGGUCUAAUAUUUAUCUUAAGGGUCAUUGUCACCGAUGCACGCUCAUUUGUAUUUUCGUAUGUGAAUAAAGUUUUUGUUACGA